UUAAAAAAAAUCAAAAACAUUAAUUCCAUAUUAAUAUUGAAAAUGAAUAUUAAAUUGUUAAACUUGAUACUUUUUUCAAUAAGCAUUUUUCUUAAAGUAGGACUUAUUAAUAGUAAAAUAGAUCAAGAUGUGUAUGCAACAUAUUUAAGUCAUGUAACGAAAAACAUAUGUAAUAAAUUAUCACAUAUUAACCUGGAACACUUGUCAGUAAGAACUAUAGAUUUUGAUAUUAAAAGCAUACAGGAAGCUUUAAAAAAUAAAAGUAAAUAUUUUUCCAAAUUGUUAAUAACAUACUAUUAUAUAGUUGAAUUAAUCAACUAUUUAUUUAUUGAAGUACUACAAAUAUUUACUGAACACGUGAAAAUCAUUAUAGAUGUUUGUGAAAGGUAUUAUAAAAAUAAUUUGUUUGAAAAUGCAACUAAUUGCACAAUAGUACUUUUAAAUACAACUAAAAAUACAAAUGUAAUGUUUAAAUAUUUAUACAGAGCUAUACAAUUUAUUGAAUACUUAGAUGUAAAUUUUGUUAAAACGAGAAAAUCAAUGAAACGCCCAAAAACGGUUAUAGAUGAAAUUUAUAUCGUUCAAAAUUAUACGUCAUCAAUGAAAACGUCAGAAAUGCUGAAUUAUGUAAAUAAUGACAAAAGUAUUAACAUUUUAGUAGCUAUAGAAGACUACACAGAUAUAAAUAAUUUUAUUAAUAAAGUAAUUGAAAUAACCGAUAAUUUUUUUAAAAACAAUAAUACUAUUAUAAAUAGUAUGAUGAGAGUUAAUCUCCAAAAAAAUUAUUAUGAUGAAUGCAUAAUUAAUAAUUAUGAAAAUAAUUUUGUUGAUUUUGUUAGUGAAAAGUUAAAUAAUUACUGCUUAAAUAUCAUUAAUAACUAUUAUUUUAAUAUUGGAUUCAAUCAGUUACUUAACCCUUACACAGCCGAGCUGAAACCUCCUCAACACACCGACUUUCCUCAAGAGAGUGCAAUUCAAAUACUAAAUACUUUGUUCCGUGAAGGAAAUUGGGAAUUAUUGAAUCAUAUAAGCAUAAUAAGUUAUGAUGAAAUAAUCACUACUGAGCGAAUUAUUAGAGAUCCUGUAGAUGAAUUUAAUUUUAAUCUAAAAAAAAAAUAUUUUACACAGCUGAUCAGAUGUAGAUAUACUGAAGUAUUAAAGAAUUAUAACACCUAUAUAUCUGCUAUAAUACAAAUAUGCAGAAAUGAAUUAAAUGAUAGGAAUUUAGAUGGUGUUAUAGAUUAUAUUAUUCAAUUUUUUGAUGCGGUUAAAGAUUCAAAAGAAAUGUUUACAUAUAUGUUGUUAGCUUUAGAUAAAUUAAAAGCUACAUCAAUCUGGGAAGUGAUGUAUAAUUCACAUGCAUGCUUGUCACAAACCUAUGAUUUAUUAAGUAAUUUAUUUCCGAAAAUUGAACAGCUUAAUUUAACGCAAUCUGAUUUUUUGAAUCUGUCAACCGAUGAUAUGAUAUUAAUAGCUAAUAACUUUUUAUUCAAUUUUCAAAGAGCACGAAAACAGUUUGACUUAAAAUUUACCGAAGGGAAUAUUCAUUUCGGACAACGUUGCCUGUUUAAAGAAGAUUUUUUAAGUAAAAAUGAAUUAUUAAAAUCAUGGCAAGAUAUAGUUUUGUUCUAUAUAACUUAUAAAAUCACCGAUAGUCGAAAAGUUUUAUAUGAAUACUCUUUAAAUGAAUUUAUAAAUUUUUAUAAAAAUGCUAUUACAAGUGAAUAUUCAUGUUUAGGGUUCAAUAAAAUAAAUAUUAGUAAUUAAUGAAAGUCUUGUAUUUUUAUUUUAAAUAAAUU